GUAAGGGAUCACUCAAACAAACGGUUCCAGCUCGAAUAAGAACUUCAAGGGAGCUUCAGCUGAAAAUCUGUUACGGACGUGAGAUCAAAUCGACGAGCUUCUGCCUAUCGAACGACAUACCAAACCAUAUCACCAUGCUUCCUCGAAGAAUACCACAGCCUACCACGGGCCUUUGCCCCAUCUCAAAUCCCCUCCUAUCCUCUAAAUCUCUUUCUCCAUCAAUACGCGUACGACACGUCUCCUUCCGACGAUCACGACAACAAGAUCACACAUCCCUCUCCUCCUCGAGCUCACCGACAACCUACAUCGCCCUCCCCGACCCAACCUCAAACAUCCGUCCCCUCCUCUACCCCUACGACCCCACCUCCCCCCGUUCCCUCUCCCUUCACCGUCGGCGUUUAGCAGCACACGACCGGAUCCACACCCACUGGUCCCAAAAUAACAUCCGCUACACCCUCGCCCUCGAAGCUUUCAAAAAGGAGACAUUCGAGAAGAACAAGACAGAGGAUGGAGAGACAAGGGAGGUAGGCGAUGACGAUAUGUCAGCCUUCUAUCGACGCUAUUUGGAUGAGACACGGGAGGAGCAGAUGAGGUUUAAUCGGUGGUGGUGGAGGGAGAAUGUUGGGUUGCUUGUAGCCGGGGUUAAGUGUGAUAUAUUGGAUAGGGUUGAGGGGGUGUUGGGAAGGAGGAAGAAAGGCUACUUUGCCAAUAAUAACUGAGGUAUUCUCUUGGCGGCCGAGGCCGGGACGCUGGGCGU